CCUCGAGAUUCGCGUCACACCCAUGCCAUACUCACCCACAACGACCAAACGUCCUGUCUUUUGCUGGCCUGCCGCACUCCGGAUGCCUCAGUGUUGCUGCCCGCGAUAAGGCGAAUUCGCCCAAAAUACCGCAAGCGUGCAGGUCACGGUCCACUCGUGCAGAGGCCUCGUCUGCAAAUUCAGCCCAGGUCGUGCGUGCGGACGAGUUGGGGGCGGCAUCACGGUUGCGACUUCAAUGCUCGUGCUAAGAGACGGCUCGUUGCGCUCCACAAGUAUCACCACUCUGCCUCUGCCACUGCAGCUCGAGGUCUGCACACAGCUCAGUUGAGCGUGCAAUCCACAUCUUCAGCGGCUCUUCACAGCACUGCUGCAAGCUGCACACGACCAAGACGUCGGAGACACGCUGCCCUCCGCCAUGGACGAGAGCACAAACGGCGAGGUCAAUGGGACCGCCCAGUACAGACCUGAGCUGUUGAAGUCGGCACCGGGAGAUUUCAUGCGUCCAGCAAUGCGCACGCGAGGGAGCUCAACCGCGACUAAUGGUGUUGGUGUCCAGGCCGAAGAUACAAGAAUAUGUGUGGUCAUGGUUGGGCUGCCCGCCCGAGGCAAGAGUUUGAUAGCUCAGAAAGUCGUUCGCUAUCUCGGCUGGCUCAGCAUAACCGCGAAAUGCUUCAACGUAGGCAACUACCGUCGUACUGCGACUCCCCAGCCCAACGCAUCCUUCUUCGACACUGCGAACAAAGAGGGCGAGCGACUGCGCAAGGCUGCUGCGGAGGCCGCAGUUGCAGACAUGGUCAAUUGGUUCAAACACCCAACAAACCUCAUAGCUAUCCUCGAUGCUACAAACAGUACAAAGGCAAGACGACGGUGGAUCAAGGAGCGUUGCGACUCCGAAGGCAUCGAAACACUGUUCGUGGAGAGCAAGUGUGACAACGAGGAGAUCAUCAUGAGCAACAUACUGGAGGUCAAGACAACAAGUCCAGACUACGUCGGACAAGAUCCCGAAGAGGCUGCAAGAGACUUUCGGGAAAGGAUCAAAAUGUACGAGAGGGUCUACCAAACACUGGACGAGGAUGAGAGCGACCUGACGUACUGCAAAAUCAUUGAUGUGGGAUCACAAGUCAUCAUCAAUCGGAUACAGGACUACUUACAGUCACGAGUGGUGUACUACUUGAUGAACUUGCACAUCAAGCCACGUUCGAUCUGGAUAAGUCGGCAUGGCGAAUCAAUGUACAAUCUGAGCGGCCAAAUAGGUGGUGAUGCGGACCUUUCUGAAAGGGGUCAGGCAUACGCCAAGGCUCUGCCAGGUCUCGUUAGACAAUCAGCUGGCGAUCGACCCCUCACAGUAUGGACUUCGACUCUAAAACGAACAGCACAGACUGCUCGAUAUCUUCCGUACGAGAAGCUUAGCUGGAAAGCAUUAGACGAGCUGGACUCUGGAGUAUGCGAUGGCCUGACAUAUGGUGAAAUCGAGCAAAAGUACCCCGAGGACUUCAAAGCCCGCGACGAUGACAAGUACAAUUACCGCUACCUUGGAGGCGAGAGCUACCGCGACGUAGUCAUCCGCCUUGAGCCUAUCAUUAUGGAACUCGAGAGAUCAGAAAACAUCCUGAUCGUCACGCACCAGGCAGUGCUUCGCUGCAUCUAUGCCUACUUCAUGGGCUCAUCACAAGAGAAAUCACCAUGGAUGGAAGUGCCCUUGCACACCCUCAUCAAACUUACACCACGUGCGUACAAGACUGAGGAAGAGCGACUGUACGCGAACAUCCCAGCAGUCAGCACAUGGCGCGAAAAGGGCAGCAAAGCUGUCCAUGCAGAGACACCAGAUUCUAGCCAGCGCGGUUCACCAUUGGUGGCGGGUGAAUCGAAAUGAAGCAGUGCAUAUGAAGAAGCAUAACAAUGUCCACCAGACUGAGGCAUUGCUGGGAGUUGUUUGUGAAUGAUGAGUGGGUCAUAAGGGACACUGUUGCCAACACAUGACAAUGGGCGCGCGCCUGACAAUUGAAUUGAUGAGUGGCGUGUGUUUGCAUUCACGGGACUGUUUGAUCAGAAGGAGGGCAGCACAACAAAAGAUGCUAAUCCAGAAGCUUCAAAAAGAAAAGGAGGGCCCGGCAUGAAUAAGUACUUUGAGUAUAAGACACCUCUCGAUCUCUCUGCAGAACUGAACUGAACUGAACUGAAUCAACUUGUCGCUAUGGCGCGGUCGCAGCGUUCGAAGGCUGCAUCACAAUCUGAUCACCCUUCCGCUCCUUCACGAGCGAAUGCUCCCGAGCCAGCGAAUGUUACUGCACUAGCGAAUGCUCCUCCACCAGCAC